CAUUCCCAAGGUUGUCGACCUGAUCAACGCCAUGCGACGAGCAUCAGUGCCGCUAUCCUCGCUUAGCGGUGGUCGCUGGAAGAGUAGAUUUAAUUAUAAUUCUGCCAUCAGAAGUGACACGUCGGCAUCUUAUUGCCUGGCCGAACCGUCACACCCCUUACGGCAAAUCAGGCGGGAUCGUGAGGCAGCGAGCCUUUCCCGGCUUGAUGGAAUAACGGAGGGUCCUUUAGCUAAGCCAUCGAUACUGUCGGAUUCUAGGACUGUCACACAGAACGGUCGACGUUUCGUGAAUAAGUCGCAGAAUGAUAUUGGCGACGAGGGUUUCGACUCCUCCCUCGCACUGUUUCGCGACUGCUUCCUGGACGAGUCGCAGAGCGACGUGCGACGAAACGGCGACCGCUGUGCGACGUCGCACGGGUGUGCGAAGCGAGCAGCAGGAGAAGAUGCGUGCUGCGAUCUUGGGUGCGAGAGGUCAGCCAGGAGAGUGAAGAUCGCUGAACCGAGUGAUGCUCCUGACACCAUGAUGGCUGUAACAGUUCACAAUCGUAGCAGGUCCCAUUAUGAUGUCGGUAAUUACAAUUAUGAUAACCUAAACUAUGAUGUCACGAGUGCCGAAAUUGACGUUACUGGAAGAACUCAGGCGCGGAACCCGGCCAAUCAUGUGGAGCAUUGUGAUGGUGGUGACACCGAUGGUGGUGGCUGUAAUGUUGGUGACUAUAACGAGGCCUUGGGUUCGGAAGAAGACUCCUACGACGACCAUGACGAGAUAUCCGGGAUGAUGACUCAGCACCAUGCCGACGUGACGUGGCAGACCGAACAUCUCGAUGCAGCAGGAAGAAUAGAGGAGGCUGAAGCAGGGGGGAGGGAAGAUGAGCCUGCUUUUGAGUCGAAUCAAAGGCAGAUUGACCAUUUUCCUGCAGCAGAAGAUACACAAGGGGGGUCUGAAGCAAGUUGCAGAGACGGUGAGGGUUCGGGAAGGAAAGCCGAAGCUGCAGGUCAGGUGUGGGGUGGCAGUGAUUGGGUGGAAAUGAGAUCCUGGCGGAGAGAGAAGCUGAAUGAGAGGAGUGUGAGUGUAUUAGAGGAGAGUGAGAAAGACGUGAGUGUGAGAGUGGUGAGUGAGAGAGGAGUGAGUGAGGAGAGGGAUGACGAUCAGCCAGAGGAGGAGGAAGAGGAGAAGAAGGAUGUGGUGGUGUUGGGAGAAGAGGAGGCGGGUGAUGAUGUGAUCGAGCUUACAUGGACGGAUGACGAGGAUGAGGAAGAGAGAAAAGAGGAAGGAGACGAGGGAGAAGGGGAAGGUGAGGCGGAAGGUGGGGAGGAAGGUGGGGAGGAAGGUGAGGAGGAAGGUGAGGAGGAAGGUGAGGAGGAAGGUGAGGAGGAAGGUGAGGAGGAAGGUGAGGAGGAGGGAGACCUGGUAGAGGAGGUGUACGGCAGCGUGGAAGAGCCUGACGUGGACUGCCCAAUCUGUGGCUGCCACCUGUCCGACCUGGAGCCAAUCAAACGCGAGCAGCACUCCAACACAUGCUGGGAUUCCUUGGCAAGGGAUGGUGGGAGACGAGAGGGGACGGAGGCGAGGGGGGUAAGGCAAGAGGGGGAGGAGGAGGAAGAGGAAGAAGCGGGGGGAGACGAGAAUUCAACAAUGGCUCGGGUGCUGUGGAUGAAGAUAGAGGCGGGAGGCAUGGGGCCAUGGAGGAGGAGAGGAGUGGGGGAGGUGAGGGAGGAGGAGAUUGAGAAAGAAGGGGAAGGAGAGGAGGAGAAGGAACGGGGAGAGAAGGAGACAGAGGAAACGAAGGAAACUGAAAAGGAAAGGCAGCAAGUGGGCGGAGCGUCAGGUGGUGCGUCAGGUGGUAUGUUAGGUGGUGCGUCAGGUGGUGCGUCAGGUGGUGCGUCAGGUGGUGCGUCAGCUGGUGCGUCAGGUGCUGUAGCUGCUCAGAGGCGGCUCAUCACAGACUUCUUUGGCGGCAACAGUGGGCACAGACCACCGCCCCAACCACAACAGCAGCAGCAGCAGCAGCAGCAAAGAACUGGUACAAAGCCAGCGACUGCUGCUGCUGCUGCUGCUGCCUCUAGGUCUGCUGCUGCUGCUGCCUCUAGGUCUGCUGCUGCUGCUGCUGCUGCUGCUGCAAUAUCCGGCAGGCCAGAGCGAGUCAGUAGAGCCGUGACGUGGAGGCGACAGGUCACAGGAAGGCAAGAGGGUGGAAACAGUGGAGGAGGGGGUGGUGAUGGUGCAAGGGGAGCUGGUGCAACUGAGCUUGCCGGUGGGCCAGAGCGAGUCAGCAGGGGCGUGAAGUGGAGUGGACAGGGCGCAGGAAGGCAGCAGGGUGGAAACAGUGGCGGUGAGGAAGGUGCUAGAGUGGGUGGACGAGGGAGCUGGAGGGGCGGAGGAGGGAGAGGAGGAGGGCGGGGAGGAGGGAGAGGAGGAGGGAGGGGAGGAGGGAGAGGAGGAGGUAGGGCGGGAGGAUCACUAACCGAGCCUUGGGAGAUGAUUCCAGGCACUGAUUUCCUAGUGGAUGCGUUCAAGCGCACUUCUCCCUCGUGUCGCCACUGGUUCCUCACCCACUUCCAUGCUGACCAUUACAACGGUCUGACCAAAUCUUUCCGCUUCGGAACAGUCUAUUGCUCCCCAGUCACUGCCCGGCUCGUGAAACUCCGUCUCGGCCUGCCCGAGGAGAAACUUUGCGAGCUGCCCGUGGGCGAGCCGGUAGAGAUUGCUGGGGUGGGCGUGACACUAAUGGAUGCGAACCACUGCCCGGGGGCAGUCAUGAUUCUGUUUGAGCCUCCUAGCGGACAGGCUGUGCUGCAUACUGGCGAUUUCAGAUGGCAUCCCUCCAUGGCUGCUCUGCCCUGCCUUGCUGCCACUCGCAUUCACACGCUCAUUCUCGACACCACCUACUGCCACCCCAAGUACGAGUUCCCCCCUCAGGAGACGGCCCUGCAGUUUGUGGUGGAGGCCAUACAGGCAGAAACGUUCAACAGCAACGCGCUCUUUCUCAUCGGCACCUACACUAUCGGGAAGGAAAAGGUUUUUCUAGAAGCAGCAAAGGCGCUCAAGCGCAAAGUGUAUGUGGGGGCGGUCAAGAGGCGCCUUCUCACAUGCCUUGGUCUGGCUGAAGCGGACAUGGCAUGCGUGGCUGGAGAUGGCGAGGAGGCUUCCACGAACCUUCACGCCGUGCCGCUCUGGUCGAUCUCCAGCUUUAAAAGGAUCGAACACAUCGCCAAGUUCCACAGGCAUCGCUAUUCCACCAUAAUUGCCUUUUCCCCGUCCGGGUGGGCAUUUGACAAGUGCAAGAAGGCACGGCCCAUCCGGCGAAUGCAACGGGGCACCAUUGUCAGGUACGAAGUACCCUAUAGCGAGCACAGCAGUUUCUACGAGCUUCAGGAGUGUGUGAAGGCUGUCGAUCCGGAAGUCAUUAUCCCAAGUGUGCACAAUCACGGGCAGGGAGCAGCGCAAGCCAUGGUAGCAUUGCUAGCCGAAGGAGAAUCAAGCCAACGAAGUUGAGGCGGAUUAAACAUCUCCAGAAUGACGGUGUUUGAUCACUCCUAUGUAUUUCCGUUUCCGAGCAUGUGGGCAUGUGGGCGUGUGGUAAUGUUUUACAUCUAUGGAAAUUGGGCCAUUGAUUCUGCCUGGGGAAAAAUCAUUCUUGCCUUUCAGGUAGCCCGCAUGUUAGGCCCUUGUAUAUCCCGUUUUCAUUAUUAU